GGCGGGGCCCGGGCCAGCAGCGGCGGUUGCCAGGACGACGGCGGCUCCCGAGCGAGCUGGGGCUGAGGAAGCUCUACCCUCGCAUCCCCCGGCCUCCCCAGCACCAUGUUCGUCUACCUCAGCAAAAAGAUUGCCAUCCCCAAUAAAGUUAAGUUGAAGUGUAUUUCCUGGAACAAGGAUCAAGGAUUCAUAGCUUGUGGUGGUGAAGAUGGACUUCUGAAAGUUGUAAAAUUAGAAACACAAACAGAUGAUGCCAAACUCAGGGGCCUGGCAGCUCCCAGCAAUCUUUCCAUGAACCAGACUCUGGAAGGCCACAGUGGGUCUGUCCAAGUUGUCACUUGGAAUGAACAGUACCAGAAGUUAACAACCAGCGACCAAAAUGGACUGAUCAUCGUGUGGAUGUUAUAUAAAGGCUCUUGGUACGAGGAGAUGAUCAACAACAGAAAUAAGUCCGUUGUCCGGAGCAUGAGCUGGAACGCUGAUGGGCAGAAGAUCUGUAUUGUGUACGAAGAUGGAGCCGUGAUUGUUGGCUCUGUGGAUGGGAAUCGUAUCUGGGGCAAAGACCUGAAGGGCAUACAGCUGUGUCAUGUGGCGUGGUCCUCGGAUAGUAAAACGCUGCUGUUCGGGAUGGCGAAUGGUGAAAUCCACAUCUAUGACAACCAGGGCAACUUCAUCAUGAAAAUGAAGCUCAGCUGUUUGGUGAAUGUCACUGGAGCCAUCAGCAUCGCUGGGAUCCAUUGGUACCACGGCACAGAGGGCUACGUGGAGCCAGACUGCCCUUGCCUUGCCAUCUGCUUUGACAAUGGGAGAUGCCAGAUAAUGAGACAGGAGAGUGACCAAAACCCUGUUUUGAUUGAUACGGGCAUAAAUGUUGUGAGUAUCCAGUGGAACCACAUUGGGAGUGUCUUGGCUGUGGCUGGCUUCCAGAAGGCCAUCUCUCAGGACAAGGACAUCAACGUGGUGCAGUUUUAUACUCCAUUUGGGGAGCAUUUGCGAACCUUGAAGGUCCCUGGAAAGCAGAUGUCUGCACUGUCUUGGGAAGGAGGCGGGUUAAAGAUUGCUCUCGCUGUUGAUUUCUUUAUCUAUUUUGCAAACAUCAGACCGGGUUACAAGUGGGGUUACUGCUCCAACACGGUUGUCUAUGCAUACAUCAGGCCCGAUCGCCCCGAGUACUGCGUGGUUUUUUGGGAUACAAAGAACAAUGAGAAAUACGUGAAAUACGUCAAAAGCUUGAUUUCUGUCACCACCUGUGGUGACUUCUGCAUCUUGGCGACGAAGGCCGAUGAAAACCAUCCCCAGUUUGUGCUGGUUCUUUGCAAUUCUAUCGGCACUCCCUUGGACCCCAAGUACAUCGACAUUGUGCCGCUAUUUGUCACCAUGACCAAAACGCACGUGAUCGCAGCUUCCAAAGAAGCCUUCUACACAUGGCAGUACCGCGUGGCCAAGAAGCUGACAGCCUUGGAAAUCAACCAGGUGGCGCGGUCCAGAAAAGAAGGCCGAGAAAGAAUUUACCAUGUUGAUGAUGCUCCUUCUGGAGCUGUGGAUGGAGUGCUGGACUACAGCAAGGCCUCACAAGGAACUGGGGACCCCAUUUGUGCUAUAACAGCAUCUGAUAAGACACUGAUUGUGGGUCGGGAAUCUGGCACCAUCCAGAGAUACAGUCUUCCUAAUGUUGGUUUGAUUCAAAAAUAUUCCCUACUCUAUCGAGCUUACCAGUUAUCUUUGAAUUGCAACUCCAGCCGUCUCGCUAUCAUAGAUAUUUCGGGUGUCCUCAAUUUCUUUGACUUGGAUGCUCGAGUGACGGACAGCACGGGGCAGCAGAUGAUAGGCGAGCUCUUGAAACUGGACCGCAAAGACGUCUGGGAUAUGAAAUGGGCCAAAGAUAAUCCAGAUUUGUUUGCAAUGAUGGAAAAAACAAGAAUGUACGUUUUCAGAAACUUGGAUCCUGAGGAACCUAUUCAGACUUCUGGAUACAUUUGUAACUUUGAAGAUUUGGAAAUUAAAUCGGUUCUCUUGGAUGAGAUACUGAAGAACCCUGAGCACCCUAAUAAGGAUUUUAUCAUGAACUUUGAGAUCCGGUCCCUGCGAGACAGCCGAGCUCUGAUUGAGAAGGUCGGCAUCGAUGAUGCUUGCCAGUUCAUCGAGGAUAAUCCUCAUCCUCGGCUUUGGCGCCUGCUGGCGGAGGCCGCCCUUCAGAAGUUAGACCUGCAGACCGCGGAGCAGGCCUUUGUUCGUUGCAAGGAUUACCAGGGCAUUCGGUUUGUGAAGCGACUUGGCAACCUUCAGAGCGAGUCCAUGAAGCAGUGUGAGGUGGCCGCCUACUUUGGCCAGUUUGAGGAGGCUGAGAGGAUGUACCUGGAUAUGGACAGAAGGGACCUGGCCAUUGGCCUUCGAUUGAAAUUGGGAGACUGGUUCCGAGUGCUCCAGUUACUGAAGACGGGAUCUGGCGAUGCCGACGACAGCCUCCUCGAACAAGCCCACAACGCCAUUGGAGACUACUUUGCCGAUCGACAGAAAUGGCUGAAUGCCGUACAGUAUUAUGUACAAGGUCGGAACCAGGAGCGCUUGGCCGAGUGCUACUACAUGUUGGAGGACUAUGAGGGUCUUGAGAACCUGGCCAACUCCCUGCCGGAAAACAACAAGCUCCUUCCUGAGAUUGCCCAGAUGUUUGUGAGGGUCGGGAUGUGCGAGCAGGCUGUGGCCGCCUUUCUGAAGUGCAACCAACCCAAAGCAGCCGUGGAUACCUGCGUGCACCUGAACCAGUGGAACAAAGCAGUUGAGCUGGCUAAAAACCACAGCAUGAAGGAGAUCGGCUCCUUGCUGGCUCGGUAUGCAUCCCACCUGCUGGAAAAGAACAAAACUCUGGAUGCCAUUGAGCUCUACCGGAAAGCCAACUACUUCUUUGAUGCCGCUAAGCUCAUGUUCAAGAUUGCCGAUGAAGAGGCCAAGAAAAGGACCAAGCCUUUGCGUGUUAAGAAGCUCUAUGUGCUGUCGGCUCUACUCAUAGAGCAAUACCAUGAGCAGAUGAAGAAUGCCCAGAGAGGAAAGGUUAAAGGGAAGAGUUCUGAGGCCACCUCAGCCUUAGCCGGCUUGCUCGAAGAGGAGGUCCUGUCUUCAGCUAAUCGUUUCACAGACAAUGCCUGGAGAGGGGCCGAAGCCUACCACUUCUUCAUCCUUGCACAGAGGCAGCUAUAUGAGGGCUAUGUGGACACGGCUCUGAAAACAGCUCUCCACCUGCGGGACUACGAGGACAUCAUCCCAGCCGUGGAGAUCUACUCCCUGCUGGCUCUGUGUGGAUGUGCCAGCAGGGCCUUUGGGACCUGCUCCAAAGCCUUCAUUAAGCUGGAGUCCUUGGAGACUCUCAGCCCAGAGCAGAGGCAGCAGUAUGAGGACCUGGCUCUUGAGAUCUUCACCAAGCACACCCCGAAAGAUAACCGCAAGUCGGAGCUGGACAGUCUCCUGGAGGGUGGAGAAGGGAAGCUCCCCACCUGUGUGGCCACUGGAAGCCCCAUCAUGGAGUACCAGUUCUGGAUGUGUAAUGUGUGCAAGCACUGCGUCCUGGCCCAGGAGAUCAGCAACUACAACUUCUGCCCCUUGUGCCACAGCUCAGUGGGGUAGCAGUUGGUGAGGGUGGGCAGUGCCAGGCAGACACAUGCACAUGGGUGUGGACUUCUAGGAGGAAAUACACUCUCCUCCCUGGGCCAAGGAGUCUGUCUGCUUUGUUUUAGGGAUAUGAUAUAGGGAAAAUAUACCCAGUCUAUGUUAGAUGAUGUCACGCUUGAAAGGCCACUCUGGUUGUGUCUAAACAGCUCUGGGCCUACCAGGACUUAGAUCAUCUUUCCUAGUCUCAGGCACAGCCCCCCUCCCCCCCCACAAGGGGCAGCGACUUCUCCUCUGUUCUCCGGGAUUAUCCUGGGGAGACUGUGUCCUCUGGACCCACCACCAGGCUCCCACCCUUGGAAGGAGCACAGCAUUUAUCUAGGUGACAACAAUAAACU